AUGAAUGGAUCCGACAUCAAGAAGGCCGCAAUCCAGAAAGCAAAGCAGGUCGCCCACUCCGCAACCAACGCUGCCAACGGCACCAACGGCAAGAAGCGCAGAAAGCAGGAACUGAAACCCAUCGUCACCACCGAACAAGAGGCCGCCUCAGCCACCGCUUCGCCCAUGAGCUACCAAAAAUCCACAACCAGCACCCGUGACGUGAGUCCGACGGGCUCAGAUUCAUCCUCGCUGUCCGGCGACGAGCAAACCGAGAACACAGCCGACGAGGAGGACUCGGAGGACUACUGCAAGGGCGGCUACCACCCCGUCCAGGUCGGCGAAGAAUACAACAAUGGCAAAUACACCGUCGUGCGCAAGCUAGGCUGGGGCCACUUCUCGACCGUCUGGCUCUCGCGCGACAACGACACGGGCAAGCAUGUCGCUCUCAAGGUCGUGCGCUCUGCCGCCCACUACACCGAAACUGCUCUGGACGAAAUCAAACUGCUUAACAAGGUCGUCCAGGCCAACAUAGAUCACCCCGGCAGGAAACAUGUAGUCAGCUUGCUCGACUCGUUCAACCACAAGGGUCCCCACGGCAUGCACGUCUGUAUGGUCUUUGAGGUUCUGGGUGAGAACCUUCUGGGCCUGAUCAAGCGCUGGAACCACAGAGGCAUCCCCAUGCCCCUCGUCAAACAAAUUACCAAGCAGGUCUUACUGGGCCUCGACUACCUCCACCGCGAAUGUGGCAUCAUUCAUACCGAUCUCAAGCCCGAGAACGUUCUGAUCGAAAUUGGCGACGUCGAGCAGAUUGUUAAGACAUAUGUUCAGGAAGAUCCCAACAAGGCAAAGGACGAACACCGUAACGGCAGAAGGAGGAGAAGAACUCUUAUCACCGGCAGUCAACCUCUACCCAGCCCUCUCAACGCCAGUUUUAGUCAGACCGACCUGUCGAGCCUCAACAAGCUCAUGGCAGAGCAAGGUAAACCUGUUCCGAUCACGGGCCCAAGCCCCAGUCCGAGUCAAGAUGUUGAAAUGAGUGGUGCUGCAGGCGCAACUUCUCCCACAAAGUCCAUGAAGGAAUCUCUCGGAAUUUCAGACGAAGCGGCACAAAAGGAACGCGAAAAGACUGCAUCACCAGAGGUCAUUCUUGGUGCAAAGUGGGGUGCUAGCACAGAUGUUUGGAGCAUGGCUUGCAUGUCUGGCACAAAGUACGGCAAGGACGACGAUCACAUCGCUCAGGUCAUCGAAUUGCUCGGCACCUUCCCCAAGUCGUUGUGCGUAGGUGGAAAGUGGUCACAGGAAAUAUUCAACCGCAAGGGAGAGUUGCGCAACAUCCACCGUCUACGUCACUGGGCCUUGCCUGAUGUUUUGAGGGAGAAAUACCAUUUCAGCAUCGAGGAGAGCAAGCGCAUUGCCGAAUUCCUGUUACCCAUGCUCGAGCUUCUCCCCGCAGACCGCGCCAACGCUGGAGGCAUGGCUGGCCACGGCUUCCUAGACGGCACAAAGGGUAUGGACGGCGUCAAGCUGGAGAUUGAGCCCGGCACCAAGGGCGAGGGCAUUGAUGGAUGGGCCACAGAGAUCAAGAAGCAACGGUAG